UGAAGAGGGUGGGGUCUGGAAGGGAAGGAAGAGAGGAAGGAGAAUAGCUAAGUAGGGAGAUUUCACUCGGUGCUUACCAGAGCGUGUUGUCUACCCUAUACUGAAGACAGAGGCUGUGGGGACAGCCUAGGGGCCUGGAUCUAUUGCCUACUUAGAGAGAGGCCAACUCAGACACAGCCGUGUAUGCUCCCAGCAGCAACGGAGGUUCAGCUCUGCCUGCAGGGACAGAAAGAUAUGGCCUGGAAAUGGAUGCCACUUCUGCUGCUUCUGGUCUGGGUAGCCACCAUGUGCAGUGCCCAGGACAGGACUGAUCUCCUCAAUGUCUGUAUGGAUGCCAAGCACCACAAGACAAAGCCAGGUCCUGAGGACAAGCUGCAUGACCAAUGCAGUCCCUGGAAGAAGAAUGCCUGCUGCACGGCCAGCACCAGCCAGGAGCUGCACAAGGACACCUCCCGCCUGUACAACUUUAACUGGGACCACUGUGGCAAGAUGGAGCCCGCCUGCAAGCGCCACUUCAUCCAGGACACCUGUCUCUAUGAGUGUUCACCCAACUUGGGGCCCUGGAUCCAGCAGGUGAAUCAGAGCUGGCGCAAAGAACGCUUCCUGGAUGUGCCCUUAUGCAAAGAGGACUGUCAGCGCUGGUGGGAGGAUUGUCACACCUCCCACACCUGCAAGAGCAACUGGCACAGAGGAUGGGACUGGACCUCAGGAGUUAACAAGUGCCCAGCUGGGGCCCUCUGCCGCACCUUUGAGUCCUACUUCCCCACUCCAGCUGCCCUUUGUGAAGGCCUCUGGAGUCACUCAUACAAGGUCAGCAACUACAGCCGAGGGAGCGGCCGCUGCAUCCAGAUGUGGUUUGACUCAGCCCAGGGCAACCCCAACGAGGAAGUGGCAAGGUUCUAUGCUGCAGCCAUGCAUGUGAAUGCUGGUGAGAUGCUUCAUGGGAUUGGGGGUCUCCUGCUCAGUCUGGCCCUGAUGCUGCAACUCUGGCUCCUUGGCUGAGUUCAGUCCUCCCAGACUACCUGCCCUCAGCUUGAAUAACCAGGCUGGGCUCAGCUCAGCUCCCACAAAUGACAGCGUCUUAAGCAUGCUUCUAUUAGUCACCUAACCCUCUGUCACCCAGUCAGUUCCUGCUCCAUGGUGAGGCCAAGAGUCACUUCUAAUAAACAGACUGAUACAUCC